GAUUACUUCACUUGGUGACCUAAAAACCAAAAGGGGAAUUACCUGUAAAAAAUCCAUAUCUUUAAAAAGGAAACUGAAAUUCAAAGAGCUGUGUAAUAAGUCAGUAACUAUAAUGUUUCAAACUCCUAACUACCAACAAAACCUGUCACUGAGACUGUCUGAGGUUCUUGAUGACAUUGGAGUUAAUGAGGCAAUGGUACUCAAGAGGAGAAGGAUGUCAUACUGGAAGAAACUGUGACAACAAUUACACAGAGGCAUGUAUUCGAUCAGUCCACGAACAUGUUUGGCAGCAAGUCAGAGGGCACAACAACAGCAGGACUUCAUUCAGAUGCAGACUGUCUAAACUGUUAUCAUAAGUAUAAUGUGAUACAGGACUAUGAAGAAUGGAAACCUGGCUUCAGAAAUCUACUGAUGAUCAAGGAUAAUACUACAUCACCAGGUUACUGUCUUCUACAACAGACCUAUGAUAAUGUACCUCUUCCUGUUACACAUGUUCCAGAUGAGGACUAUGUUAGGGACUCAAGUGGAAGGGUGUUGCUUAAGAAUACUUUAUAUAGAGAUGCUAUGCCUGCAGGUAAUGUACAACAUGGUCCAUCAUUUGCUAAACAGGGAGAGCAUGGAAUAGUAGACACUGACUUUGUUCCUGCCUUCCAUUGUUAUACAUGGCCAUAUGAAGCAAGACCCUGGUUAGACAGGCAAGGAAUAGGAAACUGGCCCAGUGCAGACAUGAAGAGAUUUGCAGCAAAUAAUGGAUGUUUUAUUGUUCCUGUUGCAAGUAAAGUCAGCCAGAAUCCAGAGCUUGAAUGGAGAAUUUCUACUUCACAAGCAGAGAGAUGUUUAAUGUUUAAUUUAAACAUUACACAAAUAUGCUGUUAUGUGUUGAUGAAAAUGAUUCUUAAAACAUUUCUUCAUCAUGCUGGUGAAGGCCACAUUACAAGCUUUAUGUGUAAAACAGUUCUGUUACAUUGUAUUGAAAACACACAUUCAAAUGCAUGGCAGGAAAAUAAUUUAUUUACAUGUUUAUCAUGUUGUUUACAUGUACUAUACAACUGUUUACAACAAGAAAACUGCCCACAUUUCAUUAUACCCAGAAACAACCUGAUGACAGGCGAGUUUUCACCUGAAGUCAAAGCUUUGUUGCUAGAAAGAGUGUUUCACUUAAUACAAACUGAUGGACAAGCAUUACUUAGGGUUCAGAUUGAUGACCUUGGUCAGAGACUGCAGAUCAAAUUGAACAUGUUAUAUCAGAUACCAGAAAAUAUUCCAUCUAAAAAGGAAAACUGUCUGAGGAUUUCAGGAUCAUUAUUACUAAACACAGCUGAAACAAUCACUGUGUGUAGUAGUUCUAUAAUAUCAAAAACCAUUCAAAACAGUCCUAUAACAACCAUACAGAACUUGCGCAAUGUAUUAACAAAUUAUAAAAGAUGUUAUAGAGAAGGAAGUAAGUUAGAACAAAGAGCAAGCAGUCUCAUUGCACCAUUGUUCUGCUCAACACUGGGAACUGUAAUAGCAUCAUCUAAUAUUCAGACAAACAAUAUCAUACCUCCAGAAGCAAUAGACUGGUUAUGUGCAGGCCUGAAUUCUGAUGUUGCCGCUAGUAAACUGAAACUUGCCUCUGUGUUCUACAGUGUUAGGGAUUUGGAAAACACAGAAUUCAUUUUAAGAUAUACAGAGGGAGAUUUUUGCUUCGACAUGGUUGAGCCUGUAUGUUACUGCUAUAUUAUUAGCAGAAACAAGUAUAGGAGAAUGUUUGUAGAAGUGGCAUAUCAUCAGAAUGAAGAAGCUGUAAGAAGUGUCUGUGCAUUUUGUGUCAAAUUUACUCGUGCUGAGAUUCAUUGUGUUCCUCAGGAGCUGCAGUAUGAAAUGUACAGAUCAACUCAAGAUGACUUGCUGUAUAGAGAAAGUAAUGACUACUGGAUGGACUGGGCUGUUGUAGAUUCCCUCCCUUACCUCUAUUUCCUACAAUACAAGACCUACAGAUACCUUCAGAGGUUUGAUGAUCAGCAUCAAGCACUAGUUAAUCUUGCUAAAACAACUGAAACAGAGAGAAACCUUGGUCACAGGGAAACAGCCCUGAAUCUACUUGGACAGUGCAUGGAACAGGAGAACCAACCUAACAAAGCUUUAAACUGCUACAUGAUUUCACUGAAGGUCAGAGAAAGAAAUAACGCAGCAAGUUUCCACAUCCGUAGACUGUUGGCAAACUUGAUCAUAACAUAAACAUGAAAUUAUACAAUCUUGCAAAGAAUAUUUUCUCGGUAAACAAAACCAAAUCUGCAUAUAAACUUCUUAAUUUCUUUAUGAGGUACUGUCCAUCAUAGUAUGUCAUUGACUGUAUAGAACCCUUAAUAGAUCUGACAAAUGUCUGAAAGGUUUGACUUGGGUCUGUACAAAUCCUUGCUUAAAGGCACUGAUUCUGGGUAUCAUUAUGCCUGGUAUGUGGCCUAUGGGGAUGAUAAGGUCUGCAUAUUGGCAGUAAUGGUCAUAUACAAGACUGCUGGACCACUGAUAGGCUUGCUUGUUGUUGUUGUUUUUUGUUCAUUUUUAUUUGUUUAUGCUGCUCUGCGUAGUUUUGACUGUUUCUGGUCAAACUAAUCAAUCAUAGGCCUAGCAAAAUUAGAAUUUGGAGACCUGAACUCAAAUACAAGUCGAUGUCGAUAUUUCAAAAUAUUUGAGAUGCAUUAUGUAAGAUAGGGGGCCUUAAUUCAAGGCCAAGAUGUUAUUUUAGAACAUGUCUGGGUAUUGGUGGAGGUGAUUGUAAUGUUUUUGCUACAAUUAUACCAUGAAUUUUUCUACAUUGCCAAAUGUUUUAUAAAAAAAUUAAAUAUUUUGAAAUUUU